AUGUAUGAUAAUGCAACACAUGCAUGUAAGAUAAUGAAGUCAUUAAAUCAAGAACAAGAAUAUGCUUUUUCUACUAUAUCUAAAUUACUUAUAACACUUCGUCAACAAAUUAUACCUUAUCCAAACGAAUAUUUUCAUGGUCGAGGUAUUGUUCUUACUGUUGGACCACAUCAAUUAGCAUUAGCGAAAGUCAAUUUAAAAAUGAUUGAACAUAGUGGUACUCAAUUACAUGUUCAAAUAUGGUAUUCAUCCAGUCAAAUCUCAGAAACAAUGAUGAUGGAAUUACUUAAUACGGCACCUAAACUCAAUUCACAGAUAUGUUGUUUUGAUAAAGCUCAAUGUAGAACUCAUACACAAAUCUGGCAACUUAAUCAUACUCAUGUCUACAAACCUCGUAUAGGCAAUCUAUUGAAACAUUUUCCUUAUAAACCAGCAGCGAUUAUUAGUGCUACUUUUGCUGAAGUACUAUUUCUCGAUUGUGAUGCAUAUAUUACACGAGAUCCAAUAGAUCUUUUUCUUUCUGAUCCAAUGUAUCUCAAAUUUGGUGCUCUUUUCUUUCCUGAUGCUUAUCAAAGUCGACAACAUCCAGGUGUAUGGAAUUUGUUUAAUACAAGUUGUGGUGAACAUGAAUAUGAAUUUGAUAGUGCAACAAUAUUAGUUGAUAAAAAACGUGUAUGGAAUGGACUCUAUAUGACAAAAUUAAUGAAUGAUAAUUAUGAACUAUUCUAUAAACAUGUUACCGAUGGAGACAAAGAUACAUUUCGAUUAGGUUUUCGUUAUAUGAAUGUAAAAUAUUACAUAGUGAUGAUACCGUGUGCUACUGGUUCAUUUGAUGGUAUUCGUUUUUGUGGUUGGACUCUUUGUAAGACAGAUAGUCUUGCACAACAUAUCUAUGUUAAUCAUGUUCAUCUUUUCAAAUAUGAACGUAUCAGUUAUACAUCAGCUAAUUUAGGUUAUACACGUAUUGGUCUUGGUGAUCCAAAUAAUAAUUCAUUUUUUUUUGUUCAUUGUCGUUUGUCUGAAACAUCUAAAAGUUGUUUUCAUAUUGUUAAAAAGCCUAAUCCACAAAUUACUAAUAGUCAAUGCUAUACAGGUGGGAUUCAAUCAGAGGAUCUUGAGGAUCAUCAAUAUGCAUCGAAUAAAUCUUUAUUAUAUGAAGAAUCAAGAAAAAAUCGAAUAUUAAUAAGUAAAACAAAUAAUUUGAUACCUCAUUUUGUUGAUAAUUUGUUGAAAUAUAUUCAAUAA